AUGGCUUAUAAAAACCCAACCGCAGAAAUUGAUAACCUGGCGCAGCAGCUGCUGAGAGACAUAUCAUCUGCCAUGACAGAUGACGCCGACUCCGGUUCCAAAUCCGACUCCGACUUCGAAUCCGACUCUCCUCGGGAUAGCAGUUCCUCUCUGCUCCAUCCUACCCUUGUUUUCGCAGCACACGAUAUCGGCGGCACAGUGCUAAAAAGACUCUUCUUUGGUACCGCACACAGAGCUUCAGAUGCUCUACCAUGGGGCCACACACUAUCUAGGAUGCUACGUAUGUGUUUCACUAGGAAAUCUGGCUUUUGGGCCCUCGACUUUGUGCGCCAACUCUCUACCUUGCAUGAGAAACUGGCUGAAGAUUUCGGCUCUAUUGGUGGCCAGUUUCAGAUCGUUAAUAUCUUUCAAAAUGAAUCUCAAUCUGCCAACUAUGAAACUAUAGUCGAUAAAUUCGCUGCGACUUUGGAUCGAGACAACGAGAUUCAGAUCGGUGUUGACGCAAGCUUUACUAUGAUGGACGAUGCUUGCGUGCCCGAGCUCCGUAAGGUUACGACUGACUUGCUCAUCAACGCACUGACUAGGAAGUGGAAGGACUAUGUGACUGGUAUGCGAUUGCUUUCCCGAGGCGACUUGGAAACUAGAAACCGUCCAAAUUCCAAGCCAAUAUACAGGCAUCUCUGCGACUGGAUUCUAUCCAAACCUGUGCUUAAAGAUUGGGUGAAUUCAACGACCCAACACUUACAGGUCCUCACGGUAAAUCCAACAGGGGACCCGACCUCAUUCCUGAGCUCAAUUAUUGCGUCCAUUCAGGAUAUGAGGAAGAAUCAAACCGAUAUUUUUAUCACCGCUUCCUAUGAUCAGCUUGGAAAGGGAACUUACAAACGCGCAAAGCUUCUGGCCUCUCUAGUAUCACAAAUACUCCAUCGGUGCCCGCGCUUGUUUCUUGAAAUUACAAAUUACCAGGAUGAACUGAGGAGUGCUAUUUGUAGAUCCAAUAUUGUUUGGAUUGAGUGGCUCUUGUGGAAGAGUCUCGAGACCCUCCUAUGCUGUUCUGCACCUCACCAGAUCUUCUGCAUCAUCCAUCAGUCGCAGCAGCCAAGAUCUCUUGAUUGCCAUGAGUCAUUUAUUGCAGACCUAGCUGCACUGAGUGAACUAAAGGAAGUUCCGAGCAAAAUCCUGAUCAUAGGAAAUGCUGUGUCUGACACAAUACCCGAGAAAACGACAUCUCAUGCUGAAGUCAACCUCGGGCAAGCAGAAGAGCAUGCUGAACUGCGAAAGGACCUCGAACGGCAACUAGACCUCGUGGGCGAAAGAAAUCGAGGUUCAUUUCCAUUGAGAAGCACCAUUCUGGACCACAUCUUUAUGGAAACAAUAGAUCUCCGGCGCACCCGCUAUUUUCUUCGGUACAUUGAACAUCUACCAAUUCUCACCGAAGCAGCCGUGAAGGAGGCGUUGCAUCAGUUUUCGACAGACAACAGUGCGUUUUCGGCGAUUUUGCAGCUGGUUCCGCCAAGUUCUCGAUUAUUGGUAAAAGAUGCAUUAUCCUGGAUUGUGCAUUCCAUGCGGCCGCUAACAUGCGAUGAGUUACGGGUAGCGUUGUCCAUCCCAGGCUGCGAUGAUGAUGACGGUGACUCUCGAAAGACGGGCAGGGUUUCGCCUGACGCUGCGGCAGGGCUUGAGAAUAUCCUCUGUGGUGUGGUAGAAAUCGACAACAACACCAUUUACCUAACACACGAGAAUUUCGGGGCGUUUCUCGACCAUCCCCAUCCUGAAAUGUCCUGGUGCAGAAUGGGCCAUACUGCCCAUUCUGGCAUCGCUCGGCGUUGCUUGACAUAUUUGUCUCACCAUCUCGGUGCUCACCCACAUGGCCAGGAAACAUCUUCCAACACAGCUGAGGCCAAGUCUGCCAUGGAAACUCAGAAAUGCCCUUGUUGGUGUAAUUUUGGUGGUGUAACGGGUGAAAUACCCUUUCUCGAGUAUACAACUCAGAACUGGCACAAGCAUCUCCAACUAGGCCCGCUCGAAAUGGAUGAACAAGUCAGAAUCUUCCUUGAUGUUGAUAAACAAUGGGAAAACUGGGCGACAUCAUUAUUACGCCAUAGAGGUGUCGCCAAUGACAGCUUUCGACCAAAUCGAGUCUGUGCACCGACAAACCUUCAUGGUAUGCUUGGAAUUCCACUUGCUCAAGCCGUUGAUAUCGCUAUACGAGCCAUCUCGCUGCCACAUUUCGAACAAACAACCGGGUGGUCGUUGGUAUUCUUGGCUGUUGUACAAGCUGGCGAUAUCUCAACGAUGUUGAAUGUCCACGAGGUAAUGAAAGAACCGAACAAGGAAUCAACACUUAUGGAGGCGUUCGCAACUGGGUCCGACGAUACCUUGUGCGAGCUGUGUAAGCUUCAACCGGACUUUGUUCGCGCCAGGUUCGACAUCAUUCUUUCCCAUGCAGCCAAACUUGGGAACAAGCGCCUGAUGGAGUUUCUCUUGGGUGAGAAAACUCAUAGCUGGCCUGGACAUGUCGAUACGUCUGGGCUAACCCCGUUAUAUGAAGCUGUGAAAUGGGGUCAUACCACCAUGAGCAAGAGACUCUACGAUUUGUACAGGUGUAGCCCUAAUUUUCAACUCACCGAGCCUGGCCAGGAUCAACCUAUUCUACACGUCGCCGCGCGACAUGGAGACUCAGGCCUCGUAGCAAUGAUAUGUACUGCGGGAAUGGAUAUCAAUAGCCUCGACUCCGCUAACAUGUCCCCGUUGUAUCUUGCAGCAAGACAUGGACAUGUCGAUGCUGUGAAUCGGCUUCUGAGUGCUCAAGCGAACACUGAUAGUGCGGAUCUCAAUGGGGACACUGCCCUACACGCUGCAAGCCGUCGUGGGUUCUGUGAGAUUGCUUCAGCAUUGAUUCGCUACGGCGCAGAUGUCAAUAUGGCAAACCUCGAAAGAGAGACAGCCUUACACGUGGCUAUUGAUAGUGGUCACGAGAAUAUUGCUCUCUGCUUUCUCGGGCAAGAUGAAAAUACUGCCGAUGAUCAAAAUGAUCAAACAUUAUGCGGAGGCAAAGGGAAUGCCCCCCCUGAGGAAUAUGCCUCCAAUGCCGCAAGAUCCGAAGACGGCGCUUCGAAGAGCGUUGAUGGAGAUCCCGUUACUCUGCCGGCUGCAACUACCAGCGCCAUCUUUGGAGAGACUUCUCUUGGGCCAGAAGAGACUAGCAUGGCGAGACCGUCCACGAAUGGAAGUAAUACUCCAUGUCGCUCGAGGGUCACCAUGGAUGUUAACAUUGAGCCUCCUCUCCUAUUGCUUGCUGCAAGAGGGAAUCAUCUCAAAAUUAUCGACGCACUGCUCAAGUGCAAGGUGCCAUGUGACAGCAGGGAUGAAUUGGGUAGAUCAGCACUUCACAUUGCUUCAAAGUAUGGGCAUUACGAGGUUUUCCGUCAACUUGUUGAAAAUGGAGCCGACGUUAAUCUCACGGCCCUAAAUCAUACCUCUGUGCUUCAUGAAGCAUCUGGGAGAGGUCACACCGACAUAGUUGAGGGACUGCUAGAUAAAGGCGCAGAUGCGGGCCUGGAGCAUAUUACACGCGUGACAGCACUUUAUUUUGCCUGCAAAGGUGGCUACAUCGAGACUGUCCAGGCUCUGCUACCACGUUCCACUAGGUAUGAUCGCGAAGAGGCUCUUCGUGUCGCUGCGAUAUUCGGGUGGGUGGACAUCUUGGUGCUCUUACUAGACUCAGGCACAGACAAGGAUGCCAAAGAUGGCGCGCUCAAUUGUGCUCUUCACUUGGCCUCAGCCUUCGAUUAUCCCCGGGUUGCUGAAGUGUUGCUUCGCAGAAGAGCGAGGUUUGACAUGAAAAAUGCCUACGGAGAGACACCAUUGCAUCGGGCCGCGCGGAAGAAUUCUCUCGGGGUGAUGGAGUUACUUAUAUACGCGGGUGCCGACAUGAAUCUGACAGACAAUACGGGUAAGACCGCGCUCUUCCUUGCGGCUGCCAAAGAUUGCCCCGAGGCUGUCCGAUUACUUUUGGAGAAUGGUGCCGGUCUAAUGAUCCCACGAACCCCUGAGUAUAACGAUUAUGACAACAUGUUGGAUCUCACACUCGAGAGAUUCAGCCUCAACGUUACCAAGUUGAUAUUAGAUCGCUACAUGGAGUUGAAUUAUCGCAUUUCUGACUUGGUCUCGUCUGAGCUGCUUCAAUGUCUUUCGACAGAGUCUGGCAAAAGCCUCGCCAAGAUACGAAUCAUCUUAGAUAGCAAUCUAGACCCGAACAAGGUCAUUGGUGACAUAGGGACCAUCCUUCAUUAUGCUGCUUUCCACGGUAGCUUAGAUGUCGUCCAACUCCUCCUGGAGUUCGCAUACAUAUUGGAUUUGGACAUCAUCGCAGGGGAGUAUGGAACGGCUCUUCAAACCGCAGCGUGUUCAGGGACAAGGCAUGCUCCAGAAAUCAUCCGGCUCCUCCUAGAAAACCAGGCCAACCCGAGAAUAGUCGGUGGUCCCUUUGGGACAGCACUACAAGCCGCAGCCAUAGCAUCAAACUUCCACGGCAAAGAUUCAAAUACAAUCGCGUUAAACAUCGCCAGGCUUCUCUUACCCCAGGAUAUUGUCAAUCUUGUCGGCGGCAAACACGGUACAGCACUUCAGGCGGCAGCCUGUGACGGAAGCAUCGAGUUCGCCAAGCUCCUUCUCAAGGAAGGCGCGGAAACGCAUACUGUCUGUGGCCUCUACGGCACAGCUCUUCAUGCUGCGGUCGCGAAAUCUACCCGCCUUGACAUGGUGAACCUGAUCUUUGAACAGACGAACCUGGGCCCGGACCAGCAAGAUAUCGAGGGUCGCCUGCCUUUGCAUCUUGGUGUUGCUCACUCCACCCCGGGCCUGGUGAAGUUGCUUACCAAGGGAGAAGCAAAUGUCCGAAGUGUCGACAAGUUUGGCAGAAACGCUCUUCACUUUGCCGCAGGGAGCGGAUCAAUGAGCGUAAUAAAGAUGAUUCUUGGCAGCCACCCUGAUUUGAUCCACGUCCGGGACAACGAUGGUUGGUGCCCAAUCCACUGGGCAUGUCGAAACCACUCCAUGUCGUCCAAUUUAGUUUCUUUCCUGCUACAACAGGGUGCUGAUGGCCUCGCAAGGACCAAGAGUCACUGGACGCCGUGGCAUGUGGCAACUUACCACGGCAAGUCUCUGGCAGCCCAGGAGCUAACAAAACCCCGUAGCGAUGCAAAGGAUAAUUACCCCAUCAAAGGAAGAGGACCGAGAGAGUUUACGGGGAUCCCAGAAGCCGCAGCUCGUUCUACAGUGUCAUCCUGUGACAGCUGCUUUUGUCGAAUCCUUGAAAAACUGUACAAGUGUAAUCAAUGCAUUGGCACGCGUUACUGCUUCAAGUGCUAUGAAGUAAUGGGUACAGACAUGCAUUAUCCGGAGCAUAAAUUGGAGGAAGUGAAGGACAUAUAG